ACUCACAUGUUGUCCUGAAACCACCAUGACCAGGUGUCUCCAUCCAUCUCUUUUGCCUACCCAGACCGCUAUGUUCGAUAACAAAGCGUUAUUUCAUCGAAAAUUUCCUUUUCUAUCACACUUUGGAGACGAUUUCCGGCCACCCCUUCAUCUCCGUGAAAGCAAUCACCAAGCAAUCACUUCGAACAAGAUGAAGAACCCAUUUUGAUUUUUGAAUUGAAAAAUUGCACAGGAUCAUCCUCGACCAAGCGGCCGCAACGUGCCAGGUAAUCUACCAUGCUGCUGUUUCCAUCAGCAACCGCUCUUCCCGCCUACAUAACCCUUCUUUUGUCCUUCAUCUUCCUGCCCUUUUCUUUUAUUCUCACCUGGCUGAGCCAGAGUUCAGGACACCUCUCCUCCAACACCCGCUCUCUUUCGUGGUGUAACGAAACAAGGCCGGGUCCUUCGAAGACGUUAUUACGAAGUCAUAAUGCUUCCGUCCGCUCUCUUCAUUUCCCUCAUCACCCUAUUCUACGUCCCCUCCACACUCUCUGCUCCCUUAUCCAUAUUCGGCUCUAGAGACGACAGUAACGAUACUCCACCUACAUCGUUAACCUUAUCCGAACUCGAAACAGGAUUCCUUCGUCCGGCUCAAUUCAGUCGCGUGGCGUACUGCUCAAGCGCUGCAGUAACGAGUUGGCAAUGUGGUCCACCUUGUGAUGAGAUUGGUAAAGGUGUUAAGGUUAUUCAGGCCGGGGGAGAUGAUGGACUCAUUCCGAUGUAUUUCGUGGCGCACGAUCCAACUACCAAUACUAUCGUUGUCGCACACCAAGGUACGAACUCAAAGAGCCUCCUCUCAAUUCUCAACGACGCCCAAUUCCUUCUCAAGCCUCUCAACUCGACACGUUUCCAACUCUCAGGCGACAUCAAAGUCCAUGACGGGUUUCAGAAGACCUUUGAACGCACCGCUGACGGCGUUAUGGACGGUGUUCAGAAAGGGUUGAAGGAGUUCAACUCGACGAAGGUUCUCGUUACGGGUCAUUCGUUAGGCGCCUCAAUCGCAACUUUCGAUGCCCUCAUGCUCAAACAACAACUUCCUUCAUCUAUCGAACUGAAAACGACCGUGUUUGGAAUGCCAAGGGCCGGAAACAAAGCAUUCGCAGAUUUCGUCGAUUCUACGCUUGGUACAUCCGACUCCACUUACGCACGAAUCACGAACCAAGAUGAUCCCGUUCCACGAGUGCCUCCGCAGGCGAUUGGGUAUCAACACGCCUCUGGGGAGAUACAUAUUGGAGAUGAGAAGGGAGACAAGAUUUUUCAGUGUCCAGGACAAGAUAAUGAGAGUGACGGUUGUUCGUCGGGGAACGGGGUGCUGAGUGUGUUGAAGCUCGAUGUGCCGGAUCACAAGGGACCGUAUUUCGAUGGGAUUUCGUUUAGUGGGCAGGCAUGUCCGUUGUGAUUUGCAUUUAACCUUCGUGUGAGGGUGGCAUCGACGGAGUGGGAAGCGGGCUAUUAAUUGAAGAUUUGAUCUGUAAUUGUCGACUUAGAUUCCGCCGAAUAGGCGUAAUCCUCCCAUGGAGCAGGGUUUAUUUCAGUCGG